CUUGUUUCAAGAUUUUAGUAUUUUUCAGUACAGCGAAAAAUUUUAAUUGCUACUCUGAAACAAAACCGAGACAGUUUCUCGGAAGCAGAUAGUAUUGCGGUAUUGAAACCGCAGCUUACGCUGUCAUGUGACGUUACAAUAAAAGUCUUUUAAAAUCAGUUAAAUAGUAUAAAGAAGUGCUUAGAGCUUGUAGUUGCUUGCUUGAAUAUUAUAUUGAUAUUUCGCAGAGUUCAAUUCUUAAAAUUUAUUUUACUUUAUAUCUUGUGUUACAUUGCGUGAGUAAAUAAAGAAAGAAGGAAGAACAAGUGCAGUCAUAAUGAUUGUAUUGAAGAAAUUUGCUACAUUAUUUUUAUCCGUCUUCGUUAUCUUACCGAUUUACGAAGCUCGUUUCUAUCAUGGCUACAAUUCUUACAGGCAAUAUUAUAACAAUGAAAUGAAAUAUCCAGUGAUCAACAACAUUUUUAAACAAACAAAUUACGAUCAUAAUAAAAUACAAAAAGUAAACCGUUUUAAAGGUGACAACAAUCAUGUAGAUUUUGACAGCAAUUUUAUAUUUUCGCAUGACAACGGAUUUGAAAUGCGUAAUGACAUUAAUGCACCAUUCAUAGAAGAUCCAACCCCUUGUCGUAACGGUGAUUUCUGCCGAGUUAAAAAUGAAAAUUAUCCAAACGCCUAUGUAGAUUAUAUACUAAGGAAUAACCCCAAGUUGAAAGAUAAUGUUAUACAUGACGAAAUAAUGAGCCCUGAUGAAACCUCAGAUGAUCAUUUGAUAUUUUGCAAAUCUAAAGUUAAUUCUACUUAUCCGAACAAGGCUAAAACCAUAAAUCACACAUGGAUGUGGAUCGUACAGUCGGAUAAGCACAACUUGAAACAACAUAUACCUUAUGUAUCAUGCGACCAUACGAAUAAUGCUAACAGAUGUCGGCAUGUAAGCGGGGACUUCCAUGCACAAUGUAAGCAGAUGUAUAAAAAUUUUCAUUUGCUAGCUUUCAAUAGCACCGAGAAAGGGAUAUAUGCAUAUUUUCCAUUUCCUUGGUAUUGUUGUUGCAGCCCUUAAUUGUGAUUAAAUAUUUAAGUUUCGAAAGCAGUUGGAGCGACUCGGAAUUUUGCGUCUCUAAAAGUGAAGAUAUGCGAAAGAUAUUGUAUGUAUGUACACGGAAAAAACGUUCUUGCUGAAAUAUCUAAAAAUUGUGCCAGAUACAGAUCUGAAAAUAA